AUGCCUGAGCGUGAAAGAUUUGUUUGUGAACAGCUACUAAAUCCCGUAGAGAGAGUCGCGUCGCAACCUGAAAACCCUUUUUCGACCCUUAUUUCUGACCAGUUUAUCGCCACUGUUCCCUCCUUCACCCUCGAGUCGGGUGUCACUCUGCACAAUGUCCCAGUCGCAUAUACUACGCGAGGGGAACUGAAUGCUUCUGGAGACAAUGCUCUAGUUGUAUGCCAUGCCUUGAGCGGCAGCGCUGAUGUUAGUGACUGGUGGGGCCCGCUACUCGGGGGUCCAGGUCAAGCUUUCGAUACAACGAAAUUCUUCGUAGUAUGUCUGAAUAGCUUAGGCAGCCCUUACGGAAGCGCCAGCGCCAUGACCUAUAAAGAUGGUGAUCAGAAGAAGGGUAUUUAUGGACCAGAGUUUCCAUUGACCACGAUAAGAGAUGAUGUGCAGUACGGCGCCCCAGCAUCGAGAAAUAUGGAAGAGCAUAGACUAAUUUCUGGCCUUAGCAUCCACAAGAUUAUACUCGACGACUUAGGCGUCAAGCAAAUAGCAGCCGUUGUCGGUGGCUCCAUGGGUGGCAUGUUGGCAUUGGAAUAUUCAUUCUUUGGAAAGGAUUAUGUGCGCUGUGUUGUGCCUAUUGCGACCUCCAGCUGCCACUCUGCUUGGGGAAUCAGUUGGGGAGAAGCCCAAAGACAGAGCAUAUACAGCGAUCCCAAGUAUGAAGACGGGUACUAUACGUUUGACGAUCCCCCUGCCACGGGACUGGGAGCGGCCCGCAUGGCAGCGCUCUUAACCUACCGAAGCCGAAAUUCAUUUGAGGCAAGAUUUGGAAGAAAUGUCCCGAAUGCCUCAAAGCUUGGCACUGCCCGUCUUCCUACCCCACCAAACGACCAUCUUGCUGUCCAUAAUGACGGGCACAGGUCGACACGUACCUCACAACCUGUUUCGUCCGAGAUACUCGCUCCCGUCCCGCAAAUAGAUAUUAAAUUCACAGACCCGCAAUUCAGUGGUACGACAUUAUUUAGUGCACCUCCGUCUCCCGCACUGGAUCCCUCCAAACGGCCUACCACGUAUUUCUCUGCCCAGUCUUAUCUACGAUACCAAGGCCAAAAGUUUGUGAAACGGUUCGAUAGUAACUGCUAUAUUGCGAUUACUCGAAAACUGGACACACACGAUAUUUCGAGGCAUCGCGUUGACGCCUCCUCUUCAACACCCGUAAAAGAUGCCCUGGCGCAAAUUCAACAGCCAACUCUCGUCAUUGGAAUUGAGAGUGACGGGCUUUUCACGUUCGCGGAGCAGCAAGAAAUGGCAGAGUGUAUUCCGGAUUCGAGACUAAGAACAAUUGACAGCCCGGAAGGCCACGACGCAUUUCUGCUGCAGUUUGAACAGGUCAACCAUCACAUCCUCGAGUUUUUCAGAGAGGUAUUGCCUGAGAUAAUGUCACUUGAUGGCAGGGCAGAUGCCAGUGGGGAUCAUGUUGUGAAAUUGAAGAAAACGAGCACUUUUGGAGAAGCUGAAGUUGAGGACAUGACUGCCUGGUAG